AGCCGCGCAAGCGCAAUCGCAGGGAACAUGGCUGCCGCCGGCGCCCAACCGUCUUGCUGUUUCACCCAGGCUAGAAUGCAGUGGUAUGAUCACAGCUCACUGCAGUCUUGAAUUCCUGGGCUCCCAAGAGGCUGGGACUUCAGGUAUGCACCAUCACACCUGGCUAAAGGCGUCUCACUGCAUCGUCCAAGCUGGCCUCGCUCCUAGGCUCAAGCGAUCCUCCUGCCUAGACCUCCCAAAGUGCUGGGAUUAUAGAUCUGGAAGCUGGGAAGUCUAAGAUGAAGGCAUGAGAAGAUCCGGUGUCUAAUACAGUCUUGCUCUGUGGCCUAGUCUGGAAUGUAGUGGCGUGAUCUCAGUUCACUGCAACCUCCGCCUCCUGGGUUCAAGCAAUUCUCGUUCCUCAGCCUCCUGAGUAGCUGGGAUUACAGAUGUGGACCACCAUGCCCAGACACGAUCUCUUUUGCAGUUGGCACAAUUACAGCUCCCUGCAGUCUCAGUCUCCCAGAGUGCUGGGAUUGCAGGCGUGACCCCCCUGCAGUGCUUCACGGUAUGGUUUUUUGGUUUGGGAUAUGAGAUUGAAAAUGACAACUUGGAAUAUUUCUGAAAGAGAAAUACCCUGUGGUAUAGAAAUGGAAGGAUUCACAAAGGAAGCUCCCUGUUUGUCCAUUUUAAGUGGUGGUUGGGACUGUGAGAACCAGGAGGGACACUUGAGGCAAUCGGCUUUAACUCUGCAGAAAUCAGGGCCUCAGGAAGCAAUUUGUGAAUAUCCUAGUUUUGCGGAACAUUUGAUUGCAAGCUCAGACCUUCCACCAUCUCAGAGAGUUCUUGCAACAAAUGGUUUCCAUGCACAUGACUCAAAUGUUAGUGGUCUGGAUUGUGACUCUGCCUUACACAGCUGUCCCAAAAGUUAUGCAGCUAAGAGAACUGGCAACAGCGAUGCCUGUGGAAAAGCCUUCAACCAUUCCAUGGAAGUUAUUCAUGGAAGAAAUCCAGUGAGAGAGAAACCCUACAAAUACCCUGAAAGAGUUAAGUCUUUUAGUCAUUUUACCGCUCUUAGUCAUCAAAAAAUAAUGAAAAGAGGCAAGAAACUCUAUGAAGGUAAGGAUUUUGAGGACAUCUUUACCCUGAGCUCAUCACAUAAUGAAAACCAGAGGAAUCUCCCUGGAGAGAAACAAUAUAAAUGUACUGAAUGUGGCAAAUGCUUCAAACGGAACUCUUCUCUUGUUUUGCAUCACCGAACUCAUACCGGAGAGAAGCCUUACACUUGCAAUGAGUGUGGAAAGUCCUUCUCCAAGAACUACAACCUGAUUGUACAUCAAAGGAUCCACACAGGAGAAAAGCCCUAUAAAUGCAGUAAAUGUGGGAAAGCUUUCAGUGAUGGGUCAGCUCUGACACAGCACCAGAGAAUUCACACAGGUGAGAAACCUUAUGAAUGCCUAGAAUGUGGAAAAACCUUCAACCGAAAUUCAUCCCUAAUUUUGCACCAAAGAACUCAUACAGGGGAAAAACCGUAUAGAUGUAACGAGUGUGGGAAACCCUUCACUGACAUCUCCCACCUAACAGUGCAUCUCCGAAUCCACACCGGUGAGAAGCCCUACGAGUGUAGCAAAUGUGGAAAGGCUUUCCGGGACGGCUCGUACCUCACCCAGCAUGAAAGGACUCACACUGGAGAAAAGCCCUUUGAGUGUGCAGAGUGUGGGAAAUCCUUCAACAGAAACUCUCAUCUCAUUGUGCAUCAAAAGAUCCAUUCUGGGGAGAAGCCCUAUGAAUGCAAAGAAUGUGGGAAGACUUUCAUUGAGAGUGCGUACCUGAUCAGGCACCAGAGGAUUCAUACUGGCGAGAAGCCCUAUGGCUGCAACCAGUGUCAGAAACUUUUCAGGAACAUUGCUGGCCUCAUCAGGCACCAGAGGACUCAUACUGGUGAGAAGCCUUAUGAGUGUAAUCAAUGUGGCAAAGCCUUCAGGGACAGCUCCUGUCUGACCAAGCACCAGAGAAUUCACACUAAGGAGACCCCGUAUCAGUGUCCAGAAUGUGGGAAGUCCUUCAAGCAGAACUCUCACCUGGCAGUACAUCAGAGACUGCAUAGCAGAGAGGGUCCCAGCCAGUGUCCUCAGUGUGGAAAAACGUUCCAAAAGAGCUCCUCCCUUGUCCGACAUCAACGAGCACACCUGGGAGAGCAACCCAUGGAAACAUAAUGAUUGGGGGCCACAUGAUUCUUCUAGUUUGUUCUCACACCUGUGUUUAGGAGGCGUGUCUUAGAUCUGACUCCUCUCUGGUCAGUAGAAAAGAAUCCUUUAAGCUAUUCAGUGAAUUGAUGAAUGUGAGACAUUGCUGAGCCACAGUGUUAAGUCUGCUCACUGGGGAACUUGGGAGACAACUUAGGAUGAUAGUAAAUGCAGAAUAGUUAUUGUACCAGAGAUGACAACACAUACACCGGAAUGAAACGUGCAAACCAUGAACGUGACACUAACCUGGGAUAUUCACUCACCUCCACAUCAAAAUGCUUAGCUAGAGAGAGCCUGUGAAUGCACUCAGAAUGUGAUUGAUAUGAGGAGCCCCAUAGUAGGGAGUUUCCACCUUAUGGUACAUAAGCAGACUCUCAACGAAUCAAUUUUUUUUUUUUUUGAGAUGGAGUCUUGAGCUGUUGCCCAGGCUGUAGUGUAGUGGGGCAAUCUCCACUCACUGCAACCUCCCCUCCCGGUUUCAAGCAGUUCUCCUGUCUCAGCCUCCUGAGUAGCUAAGAUUACAGGUAUGUGCCACCACGCCCAGCUAAGUUUUUGUAUUUUUAGUAGAGAUGGAGUUUCACUAUGUUGACCAGGCUGGUCUUGAACUCCUGACCUUAUGAUCUGCCUGCCUUGGCCUCCCAAAGUGCUGGGAUUACAGGUGUGAGCCACCGCGCCUGGCCUAAUUCAACUGUUUGUUUGUUUUUUUUUUUUUUUUGAAAUGGAGUCUUGCUCUGUUGCCAGGGUGGAGUGUGAUGGUGUGAUCUUGGCUCACUGAAGCCUCCACCUCCCAGAUUCAAGCAACUGAGUCAAGCUUUUUAAAUGUAAUCAGGAAGAGAGGCUUUUGGCAGUGUCUCUUACAGUGUUCUCUGUAUCAACAAUGGUGUACAAUUAGAGUCCACACAGUGCUGCACUGCACACCACCACAGAAUGUUUCAAGUUUUGCUGUUUCAAUAUAUUUCUGCGUUAUACUCCACAAGAAUGCUGAGAACUUGUUGCAGGAGGGUAUCUAGAUGAAUAAAUUACCUGUGAAUGAACAGUGAAGUCGUUCCUCCUGUGACUGAAACAAGCAGGCCGGGUUUGGUGGCUCAUGACUGUAUCCCAGCAUUUUGGGAGGCUGAGGCAGCUGGAUCAUGAGGUCAGGAGUUCAAGACCAGCCUUGCCAAAGUGGUGAAACCCCAUCUCUACAAAAAAUACAAAAAAUUUGCCAGACAUGGUGGCAUGUGCCUGUAAUCCCAGCUACUCAGGAGGCUGAGCGGGAGAAUUGCUUGAACCUGGGAGGUGGAGGUUGCAGUGAGCCGAGAUCCCGCCACUGCACUCCAGCCUGGGCGAUAGAUAGACUGAAACUCCAUCCAAAAAGAAAAAAAAAAAACAAAAGACUGAAACAAGCUUGUGCGAAGAUGGAAAGGGCUGCUUCCAAGAGAUGUAGUUUGUUGCUUCAGUUGUUGAAACAAAAAUACUGAGUUGUUAUGUUAUCACCCCACCACUACCACCGUGGUGGUUCAUUUAAGAUGCUUCCAAUUCAGCCACUGUGAACCAUUGUAAAGGUUUUAUUGCCAUGUUGAAAAUGUUUAUAAUAUGGCAAAAAGGGGCAUAGAAUAGAAGAUUUACUAUUAUUACAGCCAUAUACAAGAUAUAUGCACACAUGGAUGUAGACUGAAAGGGCAUGAUGGAAAAAUAAAAUGUGGUUUUCUUCGGGGACCGGAA